AUGCGUCGAUCGUUCAUGGGGGCGUUAGCACUUGCUGCCCCGGCUUGUGUCAAUGCUAUGCUACGCUUCUCCUGUUCAGAACUUGUUGUCGACCGUCUUGAUCCGCUUGUACAGCCUGGAAUGAUUCCAUCAGGCCAUGUUCAUCAAGUCGCUGGCGGGAAUGCCUUCAACGUCACCAUGGAUCCGUCGAUCCACCUGCCCGAUAUUUCCACUUGCACCACUUGCACUUUUUCAGAGGACCACAGUAACUAUUGGACCGCCAAUCUAUACUACCGCAGCCGCUCUGGCACCUUGACUCGAGUUCCUCAAAUGGCCAAUCAAUAUCUUGACGGGGCCAACGGUGGCAUGACUAUUUACUACAUUCAACCGUAUGAUGGCUCUAAAGCCACGGCUUUUAAGCCGGGCUUUCGAAUGCUCGUCGGCAGUCCAAUGGUCCGAGGCCCCUCCAAUUCGAACGAUGCUCAACAAAGUAGCUUCCGCUGCUUCGAGCAGAACUUUGGAGGGGUGAAUGCUCCUCCGGGUGGGGGCUCGGACACGAGAGACUUCCCCAAGCGGCCCUGUCCGGGAGGUAUCCGCACCAACCUGUUCUUCCCUACCUGCUGGGAUGGUGUCAAUGUUGACAGCCCCGACCACAAGAGCCAUGUUGCCUAUCCUGUCGGAGGAACCUUUGAGAUGAACGCUCCGUGCCCGAGCUCCCACCCUGUCAAGCUGCCGCAGCUGUUCUACGAGAUUGUGUGGGACACUCGUCAAUUCAACAACCAGAAUGACUGGCCCACUGAUGGCUCUCAGCCGUUCGUGUUCAGUUUCGGCGACACUACCGGGUACGGGCAGCACGGUGAUUACAUGUUUGGUUGGGAGGGUGAUUCUCUACAGAGAGCCAUGGACCAGCAAUGCAAUGUUUUCUGUGGAACUCUCAAAUCCCAAGAUGUCAACACUGCGAAUCGAUGCACCAUUCCCAGGCGUGUAAAUGAGCAGAUUGAUCAGGGCUUGACCAAGCUACCAGGAAACAACCCCAUCACUCCUUAA